CAGGGGCAGCCGCCGUCUGGGCUGUUGCUUGCUUCUGCUUAGUUUGCGUUGUGCCUGUUAGAUGCGAGCGACUUUUUGAGCUUACAAAGGCAUUUUGGAAUGUCCUUUAAGAACGCUUUUUCAACGGGGCAUCACUGCGUUGUCUAUGGUUGUACCUACAACCAAAAGAAACGCAAUGCUGCAAGAAAACAGUUGUGCGGCACGCACAAUGUCGCACAAGAGGAGUGCGGUUGCAACAUCUAUUUGUUGCAUAGGUUUCCUGCGGAUCCCGAUUUGAGGCGACAGUGGACCGCCGUGGUGAAUAGAAAAGGGUUUGUCCCUUCUUGAUCUUCACGUGUGUGUUCUGCCCAUUUUGUUGACGGCAAGCGCAGUGAUAGAAAUCCCGUUCCAAUGCUUCGACUCGGAUACAAGAGAAAGGUGCUUAAAGGACGACGACGUAUUGUAAGGUACGGAAGUGAACAGCCAAAGAGAAAGAGGACUGCAGAGAACCUAGCACCAACCUCACCCGCCGCCGCUCUCCAUGUCGACACUGGUGACGCCGAGUUUUUGGAAGACGCUGCUGGAGAAAAGUAAGGCGCCGUCACCGAGGGGCUGCUCCUGCUGUGUGCUGCCGCUUCUAUGAAGGAGCAGGAAGACGAAAAUGGUAAAAUUGCGGCCGCAGAUACCAUCAUACAACUUCACCACUUUAAUGUGCCAGAGAUAGCUCACACUGCUGCUUCUGAGGAGCGUCUGUGGAGUUCACGGACCGAGGCACCAAACUCACCAUACACAGGCAUUGAACUCCAGGAACCAUGUAUGCCUGAAACGGAUCUCGGUCCUGCUUUUGGAGAGCAGAACAAAGACACUGAGGUGCAGGACUCCCAACACAGGGUCGGUGGACACCAGGAACAGUGUGUGCAAACACGUAACCAGUCGACACAGUGGGAAGACAGCCCACAUGAUGACCAUACUUAUGUUCAGCACUUACCCAUCGGGUUCAAAGGGAAAUCCGUUUCAGAAUCGCUCUCCAGGGACGAUAUUGUAUUCUACACCGGCCUAUCUGAGACAAUUUUUGGGAACUUGUAAAAGCAGUUUCAGCCUUGGCGAAGAAGCCAAGUGUCCUUACACGUGCUGACCAGCUGUUA